AUGGAGGUGUGUAAACUAUGCCAUGGGAUGAUGUGGAAUCGGUCAUUGUUCCACUAUUCGCACAUCUUUAUCGGCAAGCGGUCGAACGUUUUCUAUGGAAUGCAGGGUACGGAUGUAAACACCCAACUUUCGGUCGCACAAGUGCGACAACUGAAAGAACAUGUGGAAUUGGCUGGACGGCGGUUACGAAGACUCGUAAAUGAAACGAGGAAAAAUGAAGAGAGACUCAACCACAUGCGUAGAAGGCAGAAGACAUUAGAAUCCGAUUUGGUGAGACGUUUAGAAAUUGAAAAAUCCGGUACACCGGGUGUCGACGGUGAGGUUCUGCGAGAACUGGAAAAACCAUUAGACUAUGAAAUCGAAACCGCACAACAAUUCCAAACCAGAAUGGCACAUGUACGACAUCUUAUGGCUGAACUGCUUGUUAGAACAAAUCUUAACGAAUGGGCUGCUCAAACGGAAUUGGCAGAACAAGAAAGUGAGGUGACAGCGAAAAUUCGAGAUGCUUGUAAGGCUAGAAAUAUGCUGAGAGAAGCAUUACUGGAGAGCAAAACAAAAGCUGAAGAAGCGAUGGCGGAGAGAAAGGACCGAUAUGAGGAACUUCAAACACUGGAGGCUCAUCUCGAGGUUUGCACAGCCGAAGUGUGGUUAGCAACUACGGAAAAGAACAGGCUUAGCGAUCGUUUUGCAAUUUUAUCCAAAGAACCGCAAACGACGCCAUGCGAAAGAGCGAAGCGAACACGAGAGGAAAAAGAAAAAGAAAAAGAACAGGAAAAAGAAAAAGAACAGGGAACAGAAACGGAAAACAAUAUUGAUAUAAACCUUGAGCCAAAGCCAAAAUCAAAUGGCAUUACCCCACGAAGUGAAUCGAUUGGAUCGGUGACCGCUGAAAGGGAAGGUUGCUCGGGCCGUUCAACGUCUAAGUCAACCACUCGGUCUGAGGAUCAAGAUGGUAUCACCCUUCCUGUGAAUAUAAUGAACACAAUCCGAAAAGCGAUUCAGGACACAAUGGGAUUGGAUGUGAAAUUCGAGUAG